AUGUCGGAAGACUACUCCAGCUAUCUCGAUACGUGGGACUGGGAUCAGAGCGACGCCACGCAGUGGCAGCACAUAUUCGACGAACAAGCACGCGAGGGUCAAGAAACAGACACACAGGCAGGCAAUGGCAUCAGUGCAUAUGGAUCGGUUGCUCAGGUCGGUACGGCCGCACAUAUGGAGAGUGGAAUUGCGCAUGGCUUCGGCCAAGCACUCCUUGACCCGGCGCUUUUCCUCAGCAGCUCAGACGUGGCCCUGCCGUCCGUCGAGCAGCAUGAAUCAGGACCAAGCGACCAUGUCGUAACGAGAUCUUCGACAGAACAUGCACAACAGCAGGCGCGUGCCGACUACAGAGCAAGUGUGCCAGAAAACCCCGCAUACAACUUGUCGGCCAAUGUAUACGGGUACGUCGAAUGGUCGAGCAAUGUCAAUACCCAUGGUCGAGAAAAUAUCUCCGCUACGCCCGUCCCGGUGCGACAAGGAGAUGGCCGCACGGCCAACACGCAAAAUUGCGAAGGGACAAACAACGGAAAUGGAGUCGAGAGCACCGCACAAGAUCCAGAUCAGUUCCAGCAGAUCAUAGAUCCCGCAUUCUUCCAGCAAGAUCUGCACAACUUCAUGCCCGCGGAUUAUAAUCAGAAUGCUAUCCCGCACGCGCAAGCCAACAAUCAUGGCGUGGUGGAUUGGCUGAAUAUGCCCACCCAGUCUGCUGGAGAGUACCACUACGAUGCAGUGCACCAAAGCCAAACCUAUUCGCAAGGCUACCAUUUCGACAACACGGCGGCCACACAGUUGCCCGAUCAUAGUCUUCACCUGGCAUACCGCAAUCAGUCUCUCUCGAAUGAACCUCCGCGACAAGGACAUGAUCCAUCCUUCAGCCCUGAGGCAGCUUAUAGCACUGAUAUCUUCAGUCCAACACCAGGACCGUCCGAGUUCUCCCCAGAACCUGAGCCAAAAACGCGGCGAGCACGAUCCUCGACCACGAAGAAUCCCAACACCAUCGUCAUGAAGACUUCUGUCAAUUGCGUGGCACCUGGCUGCGGGCGACCUUUCCGCAAUCGCACUCACGUCCUCGAUCUAUGCAAUCGCUGUGCACGCAAACACGAUCGUCGCACAGCAGAAGCACAACCCAAUCUUCUCGACCCCGACGUCCCAGACAUCGUCGCCGCUCGUGCUCUCAUCUACCCACCUCAAGCUGGUCGCGGUCCACCCGUUUCGCAAGACGAACUCGCCCACAUUCUCGCUCACGAAGACAUCUACAUCCAACGUCUCCUCGAUGCCGUCAACUUCGUCGUUCCCGGCGGCGAAGGCGGCAACUCCAAAGCCCCCGGCCUCAGCUGGGAGACCCGACAACAAAUCACCUUCAAUCAAAAACUCCGCAUGGAAGGCACCUCUCACAAAGGCGCCGAAGGCCUCUAUCGCCGCUCCCUCAUCACAGCUCGUCUCCGCGCCCUCUUCCUCGAACUUCACCAAUUCCACACCGGCGCUCAAGAAUCCUUCUACGCCAUCGGCGGCAAUAACGCUGGCUAUAAUGCAGACACGUCAAUGACAUUCCAAGAACGCUUCGAAUCUGUUCGAGAGUUUUUGCGAACGAAUAAGCGAAUGGUGAUGGAUGUGAUUGAGGGGAGAGGGGUGAAGAGUAUUGUGGCGAAUCCUAAGGGGUAUAACAAGCGGAAAGUGAGUAAUAAUGCUUGUAAUGAGGAUAAGAAGGAGAUUAUGGGGAAGGGGAAGGAGAGGAUGGGGAGUGUGGGGUUGGGGGUUGAUGGAAAGGGGAAGAAGAAGAGGAGACGUGGGGUGGAGGAUAAGGGUGAGGAGACUGGUGGGAGAGGGCCGAAGAGGGUUACGAGAAGUGUUGCGACUGCGGAGGGCGUUGAAGUUGCGUCAAGGGUUGAGGAAGCGCCUUUUGAGACGAGGUUAAGGGAGGCUUUGAGUGCUGGGUGGGAUGGCUCGGGGGUUGGAGAGGGUCCGAGUGCUUUUCGGUGA